UCCAAAAACCCUAAUUAAACCCCCACCAUCAAAGCUCAAUGCAGUAAGGAGCCGGAGACGAAGACGGCAAAACAAAAAACUGAAAAAAUCUUUAAGCGAUGGUGAAGGCGUACUUACGGUAUGAGCAGGCUUCUUCGUUUGGCGUGAUAACGUCUUUGGAUUCGAACAUUGCAUACGAUUCGACCGGGAAGCAUGUGCUUGCUCCGGCACUGGAGAAAGUCGGAAUCUGGCACGUCCGGCAAGGAAUCUGCAACAAAACCCUAAUUCCUUCCUCCUCUCGAACCGGACCUUCUCUUGCCGUUACAUCCAUCGCCUCCUCUGCUUCUACUUUGGUUGCAGUUGGGUAUGCUGAUGGGAGUAUACGAAUAUGGGAUUGUGAGAAAGGAACUUGUGAGACUACUCUUAAUGGCCAUAAGGGUGCUGUGACUGCACUGCGGUACAACAAGCUUGGAUCUAUGAUUGCAUCUGGAAGUAAAGACAACGAUGUUAUCUUGUGGGAUGUGGUUGGUGAAACUGGGCUUUUUCGUCUCCGUGGUCAUCGUGAUCAGGUCACCGAUCUUGUCUUCUUGGAUUCUGGUAAGAAACUUGUUACUUCAUCUAAGGACAAGUUCUUGAGAGUCUGGGAUCUUGAGACACAGCACUGUAUGCAAAUAGUAAGUGGUCAUCAUAGUGAAGUCUGGUCUGUGGAUGUUGAUCCAGAGGAAAGAUUUCUCGUUACUGGUUCUGCUGAUCCAGAACUGAGAUUUUAUGCUGUUAAACAAAACAUGUCGCAUGGAUCAUUGAUGUCAGAUUCAAAAGCAAAUGGAAUUGAUGCCAGCGAGGAUCAUAUGGCCGAGGAUAAGUGGGAAGUUUUGAAACCGUUUGGGGAAAUCCAGAGACAAACCAAGGAUAGAGUUGCGAGUGUGCGAUACAAUAAGUCAGGAAGUCUUUUGGCUUGUCAAAUGGCUGGAAAAACAAUUGAAAUAUUCCGAGUAUUGGAUGAAGCGGAGGCAAAGCGGAAAUCAAAGCGUAGGCUUCGCAGGAAAGAGAAGAAAAAUCCCAAAACCGAGGUUAAAAAUGUAACCGAUAAUGGAGAUGCAAGUAAUGCAAUCGAAGAAGCUGACACUGUUCCUGUUCCUACUGUCCCUGACGUUUUUAAGCUCUUACAAGUCAUUAGAGCUGGCAGAAAAAUAAGCUCUUUCUCUUUUUGCCCGAUUAUUCCAAGAGAUUCCUUGGCGACAUUGGCUUUGUCUUUGAACAAUAACUCGCUGGAGUUCUAUACCCUGAAGGGCAGCGAAAACGAGAAAACUGCUACUAUUGAUCAGCAAGGACAUCGUUCUGACGUGAGGAGUGUAGCCCUUAGUGAUGACAACAACCUUCUGAUGUCAACCAGUCACAGUGAAGUGAAAAUUUGGAAUCCUAGUACAGGUUCCUGUCUCCGGACCAUCGAUUCAGGAUAUGGAAUUUGCAGUUUGAUUGUCCCUAAAAGUAAGUAUGGUAUUGUUGGAACUAAGAGUGGGGUACUCGAGAUCAUUGAUAUAGGGAGUGCUGCCAAAGUAGAAGAUGUUGAAGCACAUGGUGGAACUAUUUGGUCAAUUGCACCUAUUCCAGAUGACACUGGUUUCGUCACUGUAAGUGCAGAUCAUGAGGUCAAAUUCUGGGAAUACCAAGUCAAAAAGAAACCUGGCCAAGAGUCCAAGCAACUCACGGUUUCAAAUGUGAGGUCUAUGAAGAUGAAUGAUGACGUACUUGCCGUUGCCAUCAGUCCUGAUGCUAAACAUAUUGCAGUCGCUCUGCUUGAUUCCACCGUCAAGGUUUUCUAUGUAGAUUCCCUCAAAUUCUACCUCUCCUUGUACGGCCACAAGUUGCCUGUCAUGUGCAUUGCCAUUUCAUCCGAUGGAGAGUUGAUUGUAACUGGUUCUCAGGACAAAAAUUUGAAAAUUUGGGGUUUGGAUUUCGGUGAUUGUCACAAGUCCAUCUUUGCUCAUGACGACAGUGUUAUGGGGGUGAAAUUUGUUCGCAAUACCCAUUACCUGUUCAGCAUUGGGAAAGACCGACUUGUGAAGUAUUGGGAUGCGGACAAGUUUGAGCUUCUGUUAACGCUUGGUGGACAUCACGCAGAGAUUUGGUGCUUUGCUAUCAGCAACCGUGGUGAUUUUCUCGUCACAGGAUCUCAUGACCGCUCCAUGCGACGUUGGGAUCGUACUGAAGAACCUUUCUUCCUCGAGGAGGAAAAAGAAAAGAGGUUAGAAGAGCUAUUUGAGUCUGAGAUCGAUAACGCAGCGGAUAACAGGCAUGGAUCCCUGGAGGAAAUCCCAGAGGAAGGUGUUGCAGGUUUAGCUAAGAAGACGACAGUAGAUGUCCUAUCAGCUGCUGAUUCAAUCUUAGAAGCUCUAGAGCUAGCGGAAAAUGAAAAGAACCGUGUUGCUGAAUAUGAGGAGGAAAAAACAAAGGGAAAGGUUCCUGAUCUCCUUCCAAAUGCUGUGAUGCUCGGGCUUUCUCCGUCUGAGUUUGUUCUCAAAACCAUCUCAAAAGAGAAAACAAACGAUCUUGAACAGAUCUUACUGCCUCUACCAUUCUCAGAUGCUUUAAAGCUUCUUUCCUACAUGAAAGACUGGAGUUUGAUUCCCGAAAAGGUAGAGCUAGUUUGCAGGAUUUCAACGAUUGUAUUACAGACACAUCACAAUCAGUUGGUAACGACACCGGCUGCACGACCAAUAUUAAGUGUUCUUAGGGAUAUUCUUCACGCAAACGUCAAGGAAUGCAAAGAUACAAUCGGUUUCAAUUUGGCUGCCAUGGAUCAUGUGAAGCAAAUGAUGGCAUCAAGAUCUGAUGCUCCUUUCAGAGAUGCCAAGGCGAAGCUGAUGGAGAUAAGAUCACAGCAAGCGAAACGCAUGGAGGCACGUUUGGAUACGAAAACAGAGAGAAAAAGAAAGAAGAAACAGAAGAGACUAGAGGAUGGGCAGCAUGGUCAUGCUUGGGUCUGAUUUUUUUUUUACUGGCUAUUUUUGUUUGUAAUUUUGAAGGGUUAAAGUUAAAAUCCAAAAUUUUGCUGUAAUGUUGUGACUAGAAUUAAUUUACUUUUAUAAUAUCUAUCCAAAACUUGGUUGACUAGGCCCAACCAAAUUCUCAA